CUUGAGCCUGACCGGUGGUAAUGCGCAUACCAAACAAUCCUUACCUUUUCUCAUGUACAGCACAUCCUGCCUCUCGGGCUACCUUAGCGCACAACGGACAUUGACCGACCGGCGAAUAUUCAGCACCACCAGAAGAUUCUGGCUGCCGACAUCACAGAGGCACUGCCAUGGAAGAGCAGCAGCGCACGGAGGAGCUGCUCCAGGGCCAGCUGGAGCUGUGGCACCACGCCCUGGGCUACAUCAAGUCGAUGGCUCUCAAGUGCGCCAUGGACGCGGGCAUCCCCGACGCCAUCGCCCGCUGCGGCGGCGGCGCCACCCUCCCGGAGCUCCUCGCCGCCACCGGCCUCCCUCCGUGCAACCUCUCCUACCUCCGCAGGCUCAUGCGCGUGCUCACCGUCUCCGGCAUCUUCCAUCACCAGCGAAAGCAACCUGCGUCCGGUGAGCACGAGGAGGAGGCCGUGUACGCGCUCACCCGGGCCUCCAGUCUGCUCGUCAGGGGAGAAGGAAACGGGGGCGCGCCUAGCUUCGGCCAGCUUCCUUUCAUCUCGAUCCUCCUGGGCCGGACCUUCGUGACUCCCUUCUUCGGCAUGCACCCUUGGAUCGCCGACGAGCGCGCAGCCGCCACGUCUUUCUUCGAGCGAGAGCACGGCCAAGCCCUGUGGGAGAUGGCCAGAACCAGCACCGGCAUCAACGACGAGUUCAACCAGGGCAUGACCGCGGACACAAGACUCAUCAUGCACGCCGUCCUCACGCUGAGCCCCGCCGUCUUCGAGGGGCUUACCUCGCUGGUGGACGUCGGCGGGGCUGACGGCACGGCCGCGGCUGCCGUCGCCAGGGCGUUCCCGCACAUCAACUGCACCGUCUUGGACCUCCCUCACGUCAUCGAAAACGCUCCCGCCCCAGAUGAAGCUGCCGGAGGCAACACAGUGCGCUUUGUAGCCGGCGACAUGUUUCACCACAUCCCAUCCGCUCAUGCUGUACUGCUCAAGUGGAUUCUACACGACUGGAAUGAUGAUGAGUGCAUCAAGAUACUGCGAGAAUGCAAAAAAGCAAUCCCUACCAGAGGCAACGGAGGGAAAGUGAUAAUAAUAGAUACCGUGGUCGGAUCAAACACAUGCGACAACAUCUGCAACGAAACUCAAGCCUUGUUUGAUAUGUACAUCAUGUUCAUUAAUGGGGUUGAGCGGGAGGAGCGAGAGUGGAAAAGAAUCUUCUUGGAAGCUGGAUUUAUUAAUUACAAAAUUACAAGUACCCUGGGUUACCGGUCUAUAAUUGAGGUCUAUCCUUAAUUUGAGUGUUGAUUUAGUACAACUUGAUGAUGUGAUGAUGCAGGUGUGAACAAAUUGAUGAUGUAACAAUGUGUCGUGUUUCAUAUUUAUGAGAAAAAUACAUAAUGUGGAUGCUUGAUGACAAGUUAAAUAUAUAAAUGUGCAAUGAUGUGACAUGUUUGUAAUGACGAUGUAAUGAUGUGAGAUGUUUGGAUGUGCAUAAUAAAUAAUUUAA